AUGGACUGGGAACCCAAGAUGCCUUCGUGGGACCUCGGCACGGUGGUCGGGCCGAGCGGUGGUGGUGGUGGUGGAGGAGGAGGCGGCGGCGCGCUGGACCUCAAGCUCGGCGCGCCGACGAGCUGGAGGCCGGUUCCGGCGGUGGCAGCACCGGUGCAGCAGCCAGUUUCGUCGGCGCCGGUGAAGAGGGCGCGGUCGGGGCAGGGCGCGCAGCAGGCGGUCCCGCCGUGCUCCGUCCAGGGCUGCACGGCCGACCUGUCCCGUGUCCGCGAGUACCACCGCCGGCACAAGGUCUGCGAGGCGCACUCCAAGACGCCCGUCGUCUCCGUCAACGGCCAGCAGCAGCGCUUCUGCCAGCAGUGCAGCAGGUUCCAUCUGCUCGGGGAGUUUGACGAGGCGAAGAGGAGCUGCAGGAAGCGGCUGGACGGCCACAACCGCCGCCGCCGGAAGCCGCAGCCGGAUCCCCUCAACCCUGCAGGCAUGUUCUCCAAUCACCACGGAGCAGCAAGAUUUUCGUCGUACCCGCAAAUCUUCUCCACUACAUCCAUGGCGGAGCCCAAGUGGCCUGGCAGCAUCGCCAUCAAGACGGAGGCCGACGCGUUCCACGAGCAGUACUACUCGGCCUUCCACCUCAAUGGCGGCGCCUCCCUCUUCCACGGCAAGGCGACCGAGAGGAAGCACUUUCCCUUCCUGACCGACCACGGUGAGACGGCAGCGUUCGGCUGCCAGCAGCCCUUCACCAUCACCCAUUCCUCGGAAAGCAGCAGCAACAGCAGCAGGCACAGCAACGGCAAGACGAUGUUCGCCCAUGACGGGGGACCAGAUCACAGCUGUGCUCUCUCUCUUCUGUCAGACAACCCAACUCCGGCGCAGAUAAUGAUCCCCGCCGAGGCGCAACAUCUCGGUGGCGGCGGUGGCAUAGCGAUGCAGUUCGGCGGCGGUGGCAGGGUGGCACGGCUGCCCAACGACAGCGACGUCUCUCUCACCGGCCUGUCUUAUGUGAGUUUGGGAAACAAGGGCGCGCCCAUCUUGCCUACAUCUACCAGAUCACAACACGCUGCUACUGAUACCGCUGCUGUUACUACCAGCUCAGCUGCAGCACAGCUACAACAAUACCAUGGCUACUACCACCAACUGAGUGCUGAUCAGGGGAACUCAGCUGCAGGUUCCAUGCAUGCCCUUCCCUUCUCAUCAUGGUAGUUGUCUCCUGAUCAACCAGAUCCUAGGCAGUCGGUGUUGGUCAUCACUUACCAAAUAUGCACUCCCUGAUAACAGUAAUCUUGAUGAUGAUCCUCAAAAUUUCACCAAGAUACUGCCCAUUUCCAACUUUUCCUGAUACUUCUAACUUAUGGAAAAUCCCCUCUACUUAUGAUUCAGAAUUGCAUUUACAAUUCUAUUCUGUAUUGGUUGGUUUGUUCAUUUUGGCCAUGCACUUGCUUGGUAGGGCUACAUCAGUAGAAGCAGCAAGACUUAAUUGUACUGAACAGUCAGAUUCAUUAGCAUUACGUGAUGAAUGUCAUUGAUUAUUCUAA